CGUGGGAGAACAUCUGAUCAUGGCAUUCGUAAAUGCCGAUCCCGGUUUUCCACACAACCCCUCCAGCCCUCCUCAGCUAAGACAAGAGCACAAUCUCAGACACUUACCUUGUCUCGAUAUUCGGGGUUAACCCGGCAUCUAUCGCAUCCGCCGUGCCAAACUACUAGAUCGCCAACCGGGGAUACGUAGGGAGCCAGCCGCUCCGAGCAAGUAGUGGUUGGGUCGAAAUUGCAAGUUUGAGCCGAGAGAAAUUUCCACGUGCGAACAAUAGGGAAAUAAAUAGUUUUCGAGUCUUCCUUCGCAGUCAUGGACUCCGUUCUGAACUAAAACCAAACGCAAACAAAGUCAAUACUCCCGUUCAAAUAUCAAUUACCAGAACAUGGACAUUACAGAAGCGAGGCUAGCCAGGCGACUGGCCACAAGAAACAAGCCGGGCAAAUCUUGGCCGAAGGACAAGAACUCCUUUUUCACAGGGUUCAUGGAACCUGUCCGUUUCGAAGGGAGCCUAGAAAACGCUAUAGUGGAGGGUGAGGUGCCGAAAGGGUUGUAUGGCGUUCUAUUCCGGGUUCAUCCUGACAACCAAUUCGCGCCUCGAUUCGAGGAUGAAGAAUGGUUCGCGGGAGACGGGUGUGCUUUUGCCUUGCGCUUCAAGGAUGGUAAUGUUGACUUCCAGAAAAAAUAUGUGCGAACUGAGAAAUUCAUCAAGGAGCGUGAAGCGAAACAGGCGCUCUAUGGUUACUACGGAAACCCGUGGAGUGCUCUGCCCGAGGUUGGUGUCCGUGACGAGAAGACCGAUCUGAGCACUGCAAAUACCAAUCUUGUUUUCCAUCCAUCUUCCGGAUUACUGCUUGCCUUGGAUGAGCUGAACCCGCCGUACGCAUUAAACCCCUUUACGCUCGAUACAAUUGGGACAUGGAACUUCCAAGGAACUUUGGAAGCCUUCACAAUGACGGCACAUCCAAAGUACGACCAUGAAACGGGCGAGUUGGUUUGUUUUUCCAAUGAGGCAGAGGGUCACUGUUCGGGAAAGCUCUACUAUUUCACAGUAGGCCCAAACGGAAGGAUUACCGAAAGUUUAUGGUUCGAAAACCCUUAUGGGAUGAAUCUCAUACAUGACUGCAUCGUCAGCAAGAAGUAUCUCAUCAUCAUUCUGAUCCCACAGAAAGUUGAUGUUGAUUGGAACAAAAAAUGCAACAAGCAUUACGCGUGGGAGCCAGAAGCGGACCUGGUAUUUGGAUUGAUUCCACGCCACUCUCCAGCGGCCAGUGAUGUGAAAUGGUUUCAUCUUGGUAAUAGUUUUGCUGGUCAUUCUGCAAAUGGAUAUGACCUCGGGGACGGGCGGGUUGUUAUGGACGUAACCAUCGCAGAUGAGAAUUGCAUGCCAUGGUAUCCUACCAAAGAUGGUGUGAUGCCUGACAUAAACGCGAUAGAGGUCAAACUCGCUCGUAUCUACUUCGACCCAAAACUGCCUGGAACCAAGCAUCGUGCCGAAGUGGAAAUCAUUCAGAGACAUUCUGGGGAAUUCCCAAGAAUAGACGACCGUUUCCAAACUCGUGAUUACACGACUAUUUUUGUCCCUGCAUUAGACGCAAAUCAACCUACUGACUUCGACGCCGUCCUCUCUGUGGCAGGCCCAGUUCCUUUUUUCAAUUGCAUGACGAUGCUCGACGUGAAAACGAGAGAACGGAAAGUGUGGUUUGCGGGGCCACAUCACGGUGUGCUUGAACCUGUGUUCAUUCCGAGGAGUAAAAAUGCCCCGGAGGCAGAUGGGUGGGUGAUAUUCCAACGAAAUUGCUACGACACCAUGACUACUGAUUUUGCGAUCCUGGAUACUCGCUGUUUCGAGAACGGCCCAGUAGCAAUUGUCAAACUACCGUUUCGGAUCCGUCCUGGGUUCCAUGGCAAUUGGGUGGAUGGAAAUUUACUGGAAUCUUUUAGGGAGAAGUAUGAGCCUUGAUUAAUGGUAAAGCUUGCGUCAAGUGGUAUUGGGUGAAACCGCGAAUGUAGAGCCAAUUGGACCUAUAAAUAUAGUAAAA